UGGCUCAACUCCCUCUCUACACUCUCCUCGAAUGUACUAGAUAACUCUCUCUCUAGAUUCUGCACUUUAUUAGAUUCACACGCAAAGCUAUCGCCUUUCAUUCAUGUUAUGCUGUUAACUUCCUAUCAUCUCCUAUAUCAUCUCAUCAUCGCAAAAUCUACUCCGUAAAUCAUGGCCUCCAUUUCCACGGCGUCCUUCGCCGGCCUCCGUAUCAAUCAUAGAACCACUCUGUCCUCUCAACCUCCGUCUGCACGUCUUCGGAUUUGCUCCGCGCCGUUCGCCCUAAGUUAUCUCCGUUCAUACUCGAAAUUGAGGACGCGCGAUGCAUUUCUCUCUAAGAGAGAUGAACGAUUGGGAAGAAGUUCGAGGAAGUCGUUUGUAGUUAGAUGUGAAGCUGUUGGAGGACGGAUUACUCAGCAAGAGUUUACAGAAAUGGCAUGGCAAGGAAUUGUAUCAUCGCCAGAAGUUGCGAAAGAGAAUAAACAUCAGAUAGUGGAGACGGAGCAUCUAAUGAAGGCCUUACUUGAGCAAAAAAAUGGACUUGCUCGUCGGAUUUUCUCCAAGGCUGGAGUCGACAAUACUCGACUUCUAGAAGCUACUGAUAAAUUUAUUCAACGCCAACCCAAGGUUAUUGGAGAGACAGCUGGUUCAAUGCUUGGGCGUGACCUAGAAGCUUUGAUACAGAGAGCUAGAGACUAUAAGAAAGAAUAUGGUGAUUCAUUUGUGUCGGUAGAGCAUUUGGUUCUUGGUUUUGUGCAAGACAAUAGAUUUGGAAAACAUGUCUUCAAGGACUUCAAUGUCACAUUGAAGACAUUAAAAGAUGCUGUACAGUCAAUAAGGGGACGCCAAACAGUAAUUGACCAAGAUCCUGAGGGGAAGUACGAAGCACUAGAGAAAUAUGGAAAGGAUUUGACUGUAUUGGCAAGAGAAGGAAAGCUUGAUCCUGUUAUAGGAAGAGAUGACGAAAUAAGAAGAUGUAUCCAGAUAUUAUCCAGGAGAACAAAGAAUAAUCCUGUAUUAAUUGGUGAGCCCGGUGUUGGAAAGACUGCGAUUUCUGAAGGGCUUGCUCAGAGAAUAGUCGAAGGAGAUGUGCCUCAAGCGUUAAUGAAUAGAAAGUUGAUUUCCCUAGACAUGGGUGCACUCAUCGCAGGGGCGAAAUACCGAGGGGAGUUUGAAGAUAGGCUGAAGGCUGUGUUGAAGGAAGUAACUGACUCAGAGGGUCAAAUCAUCCUCUUCAUUGACGAGAUUCAUACAGUUGUUGGGGCAGGUGCAACCAACGGAGCCAUGGAUGCCGGGAAUCUCUUGAAGCCUAUGCUAGGUCGAGGAGAAUUGAGAUGCAUUGGUGCCACAACAUUGGAUGAAUAUCGUAAGUAUAUCGAGAAAGAUCCAGCAUUGGAGCGCCGGUUCCAACAGGUUUAUGUUGACCAACCUUCGGUUGGAGAUACAGUCUCUAUUCUUCGUGGGUUGCGUGAGAGGUAUGAACUGCAUCAUGGAGUUCGCAUAUCUGAUGGUGCACUUGUUGAAGCAGCCAUACUUUCAGAUCGUUACAUCAGUGGCCGCUUUCUUCCUGACAAAGCUAUCGAUCUAGUGGAUGAAGCAGCUGCAAAGCUAAAGAUGGAGAUCACUUCGAAACCUACUGCCUUGGAUGAGAUCAAUCGAUCAGUGCUGAAACAGGAGAUGGAGAGGCUAUCACUUACAAAUGAUACUGACAAAGCUUCAAAAGAUAGGUUGAGUCGUCUUGAGGCGGAGCUUUCUCUCUUAAAAGAGAAGCAGGCAGAACUGACUGAGCAGUGGGAGCAUGAAAAAGCAGUCAUGACAAAUAUACAGUCAAUCAAAGAAGAGAUUGACAGGGUAAAUCUCGAGAUACAACAGGCAGAACGAGAAUACGAUCUUAACCGAGCAGCUGAACUGAAAUACGGAAGCUUAAAUUCCCUUCAACGACAACUUGCCGAAGCUGAAAAAGAACUAGACGAAUAUCUAAGUACAGGAAAAUCAAUGCUCAGAGAAGAAGUCACUGGAAGCGAUAUUGCCGAAAUCGUCAGCAAAUGGACAGGAAUUCCCGUCUCAAAAUUACAACAAACUGAGCGUGAGAAGCUUCUACAUCUAGAAGAUGAGUUGCAUAAACGCGUUGUCGGUCAAGAUCCUGCCGUCAGAUCAGUAGCUGAAGCCAUUCAACGGUCACGAGCGGGUCUCUCCGAUCCUCAUCGUCCAAUCGCCAGUUUCAUGUUCAUGGGUCCCACAGGCGUUGGAAAAACCGAGCUUGCCAAAGCACUCGCAUCCUACAUGUUCAACACCGAAGAAGCUCUUGUAAGAAUCGACAUGAGCGAGUACAUGGAGAAACAUGCUGUCUCUAGGUUAAUAGGUGCCCCACCCGGUUAUGUAGGAUACGAAGAAGGCGGUCAGCUGACUGAGAUUGUUCGAAGGAGGCCCUAUGCGGUUAUCUUGUUCGAUGAGAUUGAAAAGGCACAUGCUGAUGUGUUUAAUGUGUUCCUACAAAUAUUGGAUGAUGGAAGAGUAACUGACUCUCAGGGUCGAACUGUUAGUUUUACUAAUACUGUUAUUAUAAUGACUUCGAAUGUUGGUUCUCAGUAUAUAUUGAACACGGAUGAUGAGAAUUUACCGAAAGAGACGGCUUAUGAGACGAUUAAGCAACGAGUGAUGGAUGCGGCGAGGUCGAUUUUCAGGCCCGAGUUCAUGAAUAGAGUUGAUGAGUAUAUUGUUUUCCAACCGUUGGAUCGCGAGCAGAUUAAAAGCAUUGUUAGAUUACAGUUGGAACGUGUGCAACAGAGGAUAACGGAUAGAAAGAUGAAGAUACAGAUAACAGAGGCAGCAGUGGAGCUCCUCGGAAACAUAGGAUACGACCCGAACUACGGAGCUAGGCCAGUGAAGCGGGUGAUACAACAGCACGUCGAGAAUGAGCUAGCUAAAGGAAUACUAAGAGGGGAUUUUAAGGAUGAAGACAUUAUAUUGGUGGAUACAGAAGUGACUGCAUUCUCUAAUGGACAAAGGCCUCAACAAAAGCUCAUCUUCAAGAGAUUGGGAUCUUCAUCUGAUUCAGAUGCUUCUUCAACCACACCCGAUGGUCAGCGCGAAACCUCUACUCAACCACUGUAGUUUCUCUGCUCGAUAAAUGUUACGAUCAAUUGUGAAAGAAAUAUUAACUUUUUUUUUACUUGAGUAUAUGUGAAGACCGAAACUAAUAAGUGAUUAUAUAGAUUUCCAUAUUUUUUUUACCA